UUUGCCAUAACUUGAGAUUUGGCCCAUGUCCUCCACCAUUAAGUGUUUUUAUUCUAAAAUAGUCCAAUUCAGGUGCUGAAUGAAAACACGUCUUGUUUAAAAAGUAAGGAAAGGAAGAGUCUUGCCUAUUUCAUCAGCAGGGACUCCUCCCUGCUGCGAAUGUGUUUGCUCAACCAAAUAGAGCCUGGGAGGCAGCAGGCCUCACAAAGGUCCCAUUCUCCAGUAACUGGAACUCCAGACCAACAGUGCCACGUCAAAAUGUUUGAGCAUACAAACAGCACAGGGGCCAAAAUGGGAUUCACUCUGUUUUGACCAAGAAGGCGAAUUGAAAUCAACCACCAACGCUGUUCAGUGCAGGACAGGCAGGAGACAACAAUGCUGGGCGACACUUGGUGCGGUGGACCGUGUAGGGUUACUGUGAUAAUUAACCCAGCAUUGAGCUUAUCUGCUCAGGUACUAACUUUGAAAGUAGUGUACGAGGGUGCAGCAGGAAGCAAUAGAAUCUGGCCCUGAUGUUGGCCACUAAACGUCUUAGUGGACACAGGACCCAGCUCGACUCGAAGACGUUUUUGAACUCUGCAGGGCGCAGGGCGUCCAUGAGAGAGCAGCAGCCGCAGCGCUCAGAGCGGACACGCGCUCCGGGUCGGGUGGUCCCGGUGGGAGAGAUGUGGUGCAGCUUUGUUUACAGAAGAACCCACCGUGCGUGCGUGGCCACCGCUGUUUUUUUGUUAUUCAUGGGACUCUGCCUGCUUUACCUACCGGACCCGUUCUCGUUGGAACCUGUUGGGUCUGAGCGGAACCGCGCGGUGACGCUCCUGAUCUGGACUCAUCCGUUCGGCCGACGCCAUAAACUUCCGGACUGUUCCGCGCUCUUUCAGAUCCCCGGGUGCACGCUCACCGACGACAGGAGCGCGUACCCGCAGGCGGACGCUGUGGUCGUCCAUCACCGGGAGGUCGCAACCGGUUCCGCUGAGCUGCCACCGGAACCGCGUCCGAGCGCGCAAAAGUGGAUCUGGAUGAACUACGAGUCCCCGGCACACACACCCGCACUGUGGCGCUUUGAGGGAGUUUUCAAUCUCACGAUGAGCUACCGGGCAGAUUCGGAUAUUUUCCUGCCGUACGGGUUCCUCAUCCCCCGUGUGGGUAAAACCAAGAUGAUCCAGAACCGCUAUACGCACCCGCUCAACAAACCCUCGAGCGCACACCUCCGCCGGCCCCGCCUCGUGGCCUGGGUCAUCAGCAACUGGUCGGAAACGCAAGCACGAGUGGCCUUCUACCACAAGCUCCGCCGGUACAUCCACGUGGAUGUGUACGGACACGCGGGGCGGCCGGUACCAGACGACGGUGGCGUGGGAAGCUUGGCGCACCUGAUUGGGCGCUACCAGUUCUACCUGGCGCUGGAGAACUCGCAGCACACCGACUACAUCACAGAGAAGUUGUGGAACGCAGUGCUGGCCGGCGCAGUCCCGGUGGUCCUGGGUCCGCCCAGGAAGAACUACGAGCGCUUCCUGCCCCCAGAGGCCUUCAUCCACGUGGACGACUUCCCCACGGUGCGGGGCCUGGCACGGUACCUGCUGAUGCUGAGGCUCAACCCGGGCCGCCUCAGGCGCCACCUGGACUGGAGGGGGAGCUACAGCCUGCACCGGCCCGCUCUGUGGGCUGAACACUACUGCACCGCCUGCAGGGCGACGAGGACGUGCAUAGGCAAGACUGAUGUGGUCGAAGACUUGACGAACUGGUUCUACUCAUGAAGACAUCAACAGCACCUGCAUCAGGAAGCUGAACUGAGAGAUCAUUUCCCCCUGUGACAAUUAGAGUCUGCUGCUUUUAAUUUUCACAAAAGAAAUCUAUCUAAAGAAAUAUAUUGAUAUUAAAUUAUUUUCUGAUCAAUUA